GGCUGCAUGUCGAGGUUUGGUACUAUCCACUCCAUCCAGCCGAUGGCCUCUAGGAAGAAGGCUUCGUCUUCACCUGUCGGAGGUUUGGUACUAUCCACUCCAGGGGGGGGCGUCGCAUUCCGGCCGACACCGACAACGACAUUACGACAUGGACGACAUUACUCGGGCCGCUUGUGCGGACGGCUUGUAUCCGCACCCAGUUCGUCGACAUGCAGCGUACAACGGAAGAAAAAUGGGGUUUCGAUAACAGGUUUCCGGCCAACAGCAGCAACUCUACCAUCGCUUCGGGAGCAACUUCUUUUCUGCCCGCAGUCAUGUCACUUCUCUCUCCCAUCUCUGUGA